GCGAGGCUCGCAACGCGGUCACUGCAAUAAAGUAACGUGCAAGUUUCGCAUGUAAACAAGACCAAAGAGAAGUCAAGCAUCAGAACAAACAACAAACAUCCCCAAGCAUGAUAGGUACCUAGGUAUAUGUCCAUACCACGAUAAGCCGUCAUAAAAUGGCUUCUUCAUUCCGGCGUCUCGCCAAAGACUUCGCUGCCUUACAGGCUUCUCUUCCUCCGAAUUAUCUCUUUCCAGAAAGCGACGACGCCCUCUCGGUUCCUGACGACCUCACACAACUUGUGGUGCUUGUCACGGGCGCAGAAGGCACCCCAUAUUCGCAAGGACUAUGGCGGUUACAUCUCAAGAUACCGCACGACUAUCCCAAGAGUCCUCCAAAGGCGACAUUCAAAACCCGGAUAUAUCACCCAAAUGUGGAGGAGACGACCGGCGCAGUCUGCCUGGAAACAUUGAAGCGAGACUGGGACCCCAAAUUGACCCUCAAAGACAUCCUGGUGACGAUAUCCUGUCUCCUUAUCCAGCCAAACCCGGACUCGGCGCUCAAUGCCGCCGCCGGGGCACUUAUACAAGAAGAUUACGAGGCAUUCUCAACACAAGCGAAACUCAUGACCAGAAUCCAUGCGCCUAUUCCUUCGCAUCUAACUAGCGCUGUGCAGGAAGCCAAGCGACGUGGUGAGGAGCACGAUGCUGAAGAGGAGAGGAUGAAGCGGUCAGCAGAGGCGGCGGACUCUGGUACAGAAGACAGAAAGAUGGGCCAAAGUAGCAGGAAAGAGAGGGGCCUCCUUAGCAAAGCUGGGAAAGGAAAGCGCCCUCUUUCAGACUUGUCUCUACCCGUCGAUGGAGACCAAUAUAAUGGACAGGACAAUGCGGCGCCCAACAAUACGGAAAAGGCUUGCCCCAUCUUUUUGGACGACAACACCGGACAGCGGCCACGAAAGUCGCCCAAGACAAAGCGUUCUGAUGGUCCCAAUACACAAAACACAACCCAGUUCCAGGUAUCGAGUGAUGAGGUCGGAAAAGAGAACAAAACCGCCCCUGUCAAGCCUGCGGCUCUUUCUUCUGCCGAAGCUGCUACUUCCAGGCCUACAGCACUGCGGAAGGUUUCGAACGUGGGCGCUAGAAGAAAAGCACAGCCACGUGUGGGAAUUCGACGGUUAUGAUACCAAAGUCAGCGGGUCCAUGCAUUGGUUAAUUAUGGGUACUUUGAUUCGAGCAUUCUUUGAAUCUUGUCUUUUCAACCACUAGUCUGAGCGUUCAAGCGAGAGAGAGUGAUGACGAAGCAAAAGGGGAACGGCACGUACAGUAUGGCAUUGAAUGGAAAGGCUGGCGUUGACAUGGGGGAAGGGUUCCUGGUUAGAGGGCGUUUGCGCAACCUUGUCACUACUGUGUUAUUCCCCCACUGCCGGGGACAGUCCAUAGCAACCCGCAAAAACAACGACAGAUGAUUUCCAUCCCGCCUGAGGACUUCCUGCCUCGCGACCGGCCUCGACCAGCAAACAAUAUAGCGACGUCGUCUUGUCCGGCGAGAACAAACAAGCAUAAAGCACUAAUGGUUGACCAGAACUGCCGGCUGGUAUGGAGACCCCUGGAUCUACGUUGCUCAUGCAAGGGGUUGCGUGCUGGUGACUCUUCCAUACUACGCCUCUGGUGACCGAGGGUGUAUGUACCUCACCAGGUGUAUACCCGGAGUACAGGCUGAGUGGCCAGUCCCUGGGGAUCUCAUGAAAAACAAGGGGCCCGGUCCAGCCACUGCAUCGAUUACUAGUAUCAACCAACCAGCCCCCAGGAUUUCCCAGCGCUAAACCGCAACCAG